AAUCUCGAGAGUUCGGUGAUUAUUGGCAUCUCUUAACCUACUUAAGCUGAUAACAGUGAUAUUAAUCUGAUCUAUUAAUAUUUAUCGCUUCAAAUACACCCAUUACACGAGCGAAAUGCCUGCAGAAGUUGUGAUUCCGCCACCACCGGCUACCGAAACCGAGGAAAACAACGUUCCCUCGUCACAGCCAAUCGUUGGCAUUAUUUACCCGCCGCCUGAGGUUAGGAAUAUCGUUGACAGAACGGCCAGCUUUGUGGCCAGAAAUGGGCCGGAAUUUGAAUCCAGGAUUAUACAGAACGAAUUGGGUAAUCCCAAGUUUAAUUUCUUGAACGUCGGUGAUCCUUAUCAUGCCUACUAUCAGCAUAAAGUAAAGGAGUUUAAAGAAGGGAAAGGACAGGAACCUACAGUAGGUUCAGCUCCUGGGAAAACCGUCAACCUUACUGCACACCAAAAGCAGCAGGAGAUUCUAAAGCAAGUCGAACAACCAUUUGUACCCAAGGAUCCACCAACCGAGUUCGAAUUUAUCGCAGAUCCUCCAUCUAUUUCUGCUUUAGAUCUAGAUAUUGUGAAGCUAACUGCUCAAUUUGUUGCACGUAAUGGAAGACAGUUCUUGACAAAUCUAAUGAAUCGUGAACAAAGAAAUUUCCAGUUUGAUUUUUUACGACCUCAGCAUUCCUUGUUCCAGUAUUUCACUAAACUCUUGGAGCAGUACACCAAGGUACUGAUUCCACCAAAAGAUUUAUUGCCACGUCUCAAGGAUGAAGCACUCAAUAUGGAUAAGAUUUUGGAACAGGUGAAAUAUCGUGCCGAAUAUUUAAAGUAUCAAGAGGCACAGAGACGUAAGGAGGAGGAAGAAUUGGAAAGAGAAAGGGUUGCUUAUGCACAAAUUGAUUGGCAUGAUUUUGUUGUGGUUGAGACAGUAGAUUAUCAACAAUUUGAAGUUGGUAACUUCCCAGCACCGACAACACCGGAUGAAGUUGGCGCACGUGUUCUUAUGCAGGAACGUAUAGAGGAUGGUGAGGAUGUAGAAAUGCAAAUCGAUAGUGAUGCAGAAGAGGAAACGCAGACUCGCACAGAUGGUGAGAAAGGCGAUCGUGCAAAAGAUAAUAAUCAAGUACAAGAUAUGGAAGAAGAUUCUAGUGAUGAAGAUGAUGUGUCUCCACCAGGUGAUACUCAUAAAUCAAACAAGGAACUCAAGGCACGAGACACGAGCAGUAUGCAACCGCCUCCAUUACCGCCUACACCAGGAAACGUAUUAGUCAAGAAAGGAUAUGAUCCAAAACAACAUGCUCCUAAAACUACUCGUCCUGCGGCUCCUGAUGAGUAUCUGAUUUCUCCGAUUACUGGCGAACGUAUUCCCGCUAGUAAGGUGCAAGAACAUAUGCGUAUCGGAUUGUUAGAUCCACGUUGGGUCGAGCAGAGAGACAAACAUCUAGGCAAAUCAGCACAGGAGACUGUAUUCGCCCCGGGUACAGCGAUCGAGGCAAGUCUCAAACAACUCGCCGAAAGGCGUACUGAUAUCUUUGGCGUGGGCGACGAAGAAACGGCGAUUGGUAAGAAGAUCGGUGAAGAGGAUAAAAAGAAGGAUGACAAGGUUACCUGGGAUGGUCACACCUCGAGUGUGGAAGCAGCGACUAGAGCAGCGCGGGCUAACAUUACACUCGAAGAACAGAUUCAUCAGAUACAUAAAGUCAAGGGUCUUCUGCCUGACGAGGAGAAGGAAAAGAUUGGUCCGAAACCAGUUAAUCGUGCUACUGAGCUUUCUCAUAUGGCUGCUGCCGCUUCAAAGCCGCAAGCUACAUUGAAAGCACCUCCAAAACCUCCUGCACCGAAACCUAUACCAGUACCUGCUCAACCUCCUCCACCGCCGACCAUGAAUAUGCCUACUAUGGGUAUACCUCAACCAAUGAUGCCGCAGCCACCGAUGAUGAUGAUGGCACCUAUGCCGCCUAUGGCGCCUAGGCCACCACCUCUAAUGACUCCGGCGAUGUCACCAUUCAUGCCAACGCCACCGCCAAUACAGCCACCGAUGGCAUCAGCUAUGGGGUUAAAACAUCCUGUUAGUAAACCACUCGAAGAUGAACCGCAAACUAAGAAAUUGAGAACUGAGGACUCAUUAAUUCCAGAGCAACAAUUCCUCGCUAGAAAUAAGGGUCCCGUACAAAUCAACAUUGCUGUACCAAUGAUGACAGAGAAGGCUGAAUGGAAAUUGAACGGUCAGACAUUAAAUAUUACUUUACAAUCAAGUGAUACUGUGGCAACUAUGAAAGCGCUUAUUCAUGAGCAAAUUGGCAUGCCACCUGGAAAACAAAAAUUACAAUACGAGGGUAUGUUCUUCAAAGAUAAUAAUACACUUGCAUAUUAUAAUUUAACCUCAGGCAAUGUUAUCAAUCUGUUACCAAAAGAGAGGGGUGGUAGAAAAAAAUAAAUUAACAAUUUUAUUAUUGUAUCGAUUUAAAGUAACAUAUAUAAUUAAAAUAUAUGUUGCAUUUAUUCUUAAUCCACAUAAUAACACAUAUAAUAAUUAUAAUUGAUAAUAUAGUUUUAAUAAAUAAUACAUUAAAUACAUUUUUUUAUUGUAAUUUAAGCCCGGUUUUUUUGUAUUGUAUGUAUUUAGUCUUGUGGUUAUAAUAAGUUAAAACUCAUUGAGAAUGAGAGCAUCUCAAAUGUGCAUAGCGUAAAACUGACAUCAUUAAACAAAUUGCUCUCUUAAUUAGAGUUUGAAUAAAUAUAAUUUAUAGAA